AUGUUGCCACGAUUACGCCGUCUAAACAAACAUGUCAGGGUUCAUCUCAGGAAAACAUCAAGACGAUUGGACUCCAAUGUCAGUGGAUCAAGUUCUGGAGGUGGUCCGGACAAUGCGUUCGUGAAAGGAAUGGGAAUCGGUGUAGGUGCAGGUGCGCUCGGAUCGCUUGCGGGGUUGGGCGGAGGGUUCAUCAUGAUACCUCUGAUGACCUCCAGGCUACUGCGAUUAUCACAGCAUCAGGCGCAUGGAAGCUCCUUAUUUGCUAUCACAACAACUGGUCUGGCCGGUGCGCUUGGAUAUUCAGGUCACGUGGACUUGGAAGCUGCUGCUGCCAUUGCAUGCACGGGAAUUGUGACUGCAAGAUUCGGAGUAAGGGCAAUGUCUGCCAUGCCUGAAAAAAUGCUAAAGAAGUCACUUGGUAUGUUGAUGAUUGGAGUUGCCCCCCUGGUACAGGCCAAAACAUAUUUCAUGGAAGCAGGAUCCAAAAAAACUGCGGGAGAAACGGCAGAUAAGGAGAACACGGCGGCACGGCUCUAUGUACCGGCUCUUAUUGGCUGCUUUUCUGGAUUCGCAUCUGGUUUGUUUGGUGUUGGGGGCGGCGCUAUCGUUGUUCCAGCCUUGACUGUGUUUACAGAUAUGGACCAUUAUGCAGCCUUGGGAACAAGUCUAUGUGCCAUGGUUCUGCCCGCAAUGUCAGGUACGUACGCGAACUACCAAAAGGGAUUUGUAUGCAUGCGGACAGCUCCAGGACUUGCUGUUGGUGCCUUCAUCGGUGCUUACUUGGGUGGGCGACUCGGUUCAUCUAUCGACGAGACGCAACUGAGGUGGGGGUUCUCUUCCUUAAUGCUGGUUCUUGGGACUCGAACUCUGCUCAAGUAG